UGGCGGCGCCCUGAGGAGCUGUGAGGUUGGAGGCACAGAUGAGCACCCUGCUGUGACCUUUAGCCUCCGUGUCCUGUCACCAGCACAUACACCUGUCCAGCAGUAUGGCCCAACAAAUCAAUGUGUGGGAGCAUCUCCAUCUGCUUGAGUCUCCAGACCUGCAAGAACUGGAUGGAAUCCACAGGCUCAUAAGAGAUCACCUCAGUACUGACCGUAAUCCAGUCCUAGUAAACAAUCUGGUGGAUCAUUAUCUGGAAACCAAUUCUGAACAAGCAAUGCUAAUCCUCUCUAUGGUACAAGAGCCCCACGACAAGCACCUUUUGGACAAGAUAAAUGAGUAUUUAGGAAAAGCUGCUACCCGCUUAUCAACCCUGACACUAUUGGGCCAUGUUAUUCGCCGUCAGCCAUCUUGGAAGCACAAGUUGUCACAAGCACCAGUUCUGCAGUCCUUACUGAAGUGUCUCAAGACAGACGCAGAUGUCGUGGUUCUCACCACAGGAGUCCUAGUGUUAAUUACUGUGCUGCCAAUGAUUCCGCAGUCCGGGAAACAGCAUCUGCACGAGUUCUUUGACAUUUUUGGGCGCCUGUCAGGCUGGUGCUUGAAAAAUCCAGGUCAUGUAGCAGAGACGUGUCUCGUCCAUCUUCAUGCCAGUGUGUACGCCCUCUUUCAUCGCCUCUACGGGAUGUAUCCAUGCAACUUUGUGUCCUUCCUACGAUCUCAUUACAGCAUGAAGGAAAACCUGGAGACGUUUGAAGAAAUAGUCAAGCCAAUGAUGGAACAUGUGCGAAUUCAUCCUGAGCUGGUUACUGGAUCCAAAGACCAUGAAUUAGACCCAAGCAGGUGGAAGAGGUUGGAAACUCAUGACAUUGUUGUAGAAUGUGCCAAAAUCUCUUUGGACCCCAAUGAAGCCUCCUAUGAAGAAGGAUAUUCUCCUCUUUCCAAUCGCCUUCGGCAAAGGCAGCAGGACACGACAUCCAGUCCCUACCCUGAGAUCAGCAGUAACUAUGGAAGCAACACCUCCACACCAUUCUCCACGCCAAAGCCGUGCACACAGGAUCCACUGCAACAUAUUGGCACCCAAGCGCUACGGCUGCAAGCAGAGACACAGGACUCUUUUUGGAGCCCGUCUACCUUCUGUGGAAUGACCACACCCCCCAGCUCUCCUGUCGGUCUAGUACCAGAUUCCUCCUGGCCGACUUCCCGUCCUCCCAGCAAAACUCUGAUUACACCUGGUGGAAAAAUAACUCCCAUGGGCACACCGGCAACCUCUCCUCCCCCUGUUAUGAGCUCUGAUGAGUCUUCAAACCCUACAAAUGUUUCCUCCACCACAACUCCCCCCAAAAAGUAUGAAAGCUCCGAUCAGUGCAAGCUCAAUCAGCAAGUCGUCAAGGGAGAAAAGGGCUCUGAAGACUCUCCCAAAGUUGUGAAGACAGUGUCUCUGAGUGAGCUUUCUGAAGUGAUUGAAGUGCUGGCUGCUGACCACAAUAAUACAGAAGAAGCUGCUAUAUCCCAGGAGCUGUGCCAGAUCACUACGUCCGAACAUGAGCCUGUUGUACGCCGCGGAGGCUUUGACUCCCCCUUCUGUCUUCAUUACGACAGCCAGCCUGCCCCUUCAAAGAAGAACCACGCCUGCAAUGUGACCCAGAUCUGUGACCACCCAACCGCUGACAAGCUCCACUGCAACAGGUCCCAGGACAACUUAAAACAGGCAUUCACUCCCAUUGAGCCACCCAAUGGCGCAGAGAAUGACAACUCAGGGAAGCCACAGACUACUGACUCUUUGCCCACUGACAGGAACAUUCUUACUCCCAGUCCUUGCAAAUCUCAGGCCCGCUGCAGAUCCUGCUUCAAUCCUGCCCCUUACGAGCACCUUUUUGAGCUGGCUUUGCCUAAAACGGCAAGCCUUUUUAUCUCCAAAAAGACAGAAGACCUGUAUAGAAAAUUCAAAGGGAGCAAUGAGGAAGCCGAGGAGGACAGCACAUCCGUCUCUCCUGCUGAGGUGCUCGACCGGCUCAUACAGCUAGGAGCUGAUGCCCACACCAAAGAGCUGAACAAGUUGCCUUUACCCAGCAAAUCAGCUGACUGGACUCAUUUUGGAGGUUCUCCUCCAACCGAUGAGAUCCACACACUGCGAAACCAGUUGGUGCUUCUACAUAACCAGCUUUUGUAUGAGCGAUUCAAGAGGCAGCAGCAUGCUCUACGCAAUCGCCGUCUUCUGCGCAAGGUCAUCAAGGUGACAACACUUGAGGAACAGAAUGCUGCUAUGAAAGGCCAGCUGAAGAUGCAGGAAGCAGAUCUCCAGGCCAUAAAACAAAGCCUUUUUAUAGAGCAGGCACGGUACAAGAAACUACAGGAAGAGAAGGACACUGUGGUCAACCAGCUGCACAGCCAGAUACGGCAACUCCAGCAUGACCGGGAGGAAUUCUACAACCAGAGCCAGGAAUUACAGAGUAAGCUGGAGGACUGCCGCAAUACGAUAGCUUAUCUGCGGUCUGAGGUGAAACAAGCUAACAACAAGGUGUGCCACACGGAGCUCAGACUCAGUCAGGUGUCUCAAAAGCUGUCAAACAGCGAGUCUGUACAGCAUCAGAUGGAGUUCCUGAACCGGCAGCUUCUGAUUCUCGGGGAGGUGAAUGAGCUUUAUGUGGAACAGCUGCAGCAUAAAAACACCAAUGCUGAUAAGGAAGUGGAGAUGCUGCAGGCCUCCUUUAAGAAGGAACUGGAAAAGGCUCGCAUUCUGGUGGUUCAGCAAAGCCAGAGACUGGAGAGCACCCAGAAAAGAAUAUUGGAGCUGGAGUCUCAGCUGGCCAAAAAGGAACUGCACUUCCAGGAACAGAAGAAGUUUCUGGAAGAUGUCAAAGUCAAGAACAGAGGGCAGUUGCAGGCAGUGGAGAGCAAGUACAAUGCUCAAAAGAGGAUAAGUCAGUCUUUUGAGAGGGAAAUCCUGUCGCUGUACUGCCAGCUGGAGAGGGAAGGUCUGAUAAAAAAACGGCUGGAAGAAAAAACAGAAACGGCAGAAGUUGCUGAAGAAAGACAUGAUGUGGACUGCCCGGCUGUUUCCUGUCCUGAUGACUUCAGAGAAGAGGCGAAUGGUAGCAUUGAUGCCAACACCUCCAUGCACACCAGUGUCUUAAGCAGCGGAGGGAGCAGUCACAGUGGAAGCAGUAGCACCCUGUCCACACCAGAGAAGGCGGGAUCGAACCUACCUCCUACCCAGAGAGAGCUGCUGGAGCUACCUUCUGGAGGUCACCUGACCAUCGGCUCUUACCCGAACGCCAAGAGCUUUCUCGGCAUCCGGGCCCGGGAGCUGUUUCGCAACAAGAGUGAGAGCCAUUGUGACGAGGAAGGUAUCUGCAGUCUUUCGGAGAUCCUGAAGACCGAGCUAUGUCAGGGACCUGGAUCUGAGGCCAGAGCUGUGAGCUCAACUGCUGGUAAUGCUGGCCCAUCAAGUGUGCGGGAUUUUCAGAUAAUGGACUAUGAUUAGACACAUCAUGACCACAGUUGGGAGGCGAGCAGUGUUACUGUCCUUCUCACUCCUGGCUUUAAUCAAAAGGUGUCUGAACUUUCAGGAAAUGUUUCACUACUUCUGCAGUGCAACAGUAGCGGACCACCAGAACUGGAAGGGAUGAAACUCGUUACGUCACAUCCCACUU